UAUUGGUUUGCGGUAGACGAAGGCGUAGCGAAAAUAAUAAACAAAUUAACUAUGUCGAGAUAUAUAAACAAUCUGAUGUUACAGUUAUAGUGGUUGUUCGUGUGCGAGUGAGUGUGUGUAUACGCGUAUAAUUAUGCAAUGCACCUCAGCCAAAGGCGCUCGAAACGGCGGUGAAAGUGUUGUUGUUGCAACGAAAUUGGUUUUCGUGGCUUGCAGCAGCAAAGCAGCAGUUGUGGUUCAAUUUGUUGUGGCAUUCGCAGCAAUACUAGCAAUAACAACAGCAGCAAUGAUCAAUUUACCCAAAUAAAGGCGAGAGGCAGUGAGAGCAAUAAGAAAAAAGUGCUAAUGAAGAAAGGGAGCGACAAGUGCAAAGCAAAAAUCAAAUCAAAGUAAAGACAUUUGGCGUUUUUUCAUUUUAAUUUUUUUUUGCGUUUUAUUUCGCCUUAUAUACGCCUAUAUAUGUAAACUGCAGUGCUUACAGUUAUACAGUUUUGUAUAUGUAUGUAUAAGGCUGCAUAUGCGUGUGUGUAAUAAUAAGUUCAAGGAAAGCAGCAGAAAGCAAAAUGCAAGUAACAGAAUGUGCAAUGCAAUAAAAAUGGGGCUACAACCUGUUCAAGUGUGUGUGUUUGUGCAGUAAUAUGCGUGCCUGUUGUGUAUACAUAUGUGAAUCGAAUUCAUAAAAAUAAAAAAUGAAAACCCAUCCAAAUAAUCAAUGUGCGAAAAUUUGCCAUUUGCUGCUGUAGGCGGACGUCGCGGGGGCAGCAACAACAAAGCUCAGCUGAGCGACGGCGCGUCGACGUCAAUGUUAUCUAUGCUUGUGUGAGUGCAGAAGGAGUAGGAGGAGGAGGCAAAUAGUAGCAGCAAUAGCAAUCAAAAGAAUCGGAAGCCAGAGGCAAAUCAAUAGUUUCGUGUUAUGUGAAACCGAAAAUAAACUGCAAUAAUAAUCAUAAAUAAUAAUGUGAAAUUAAAGCAAGCAAUUGAUUGGCAAUAAUUUAUGUAUGUAAAUCGAAGCAGAGCAAAGCAGAAGCACAGCAAAGCAACCUUGCAAAUUCUUGGUUUGUUAAACGCAACAAAGCUAAAAAAUAAUGGAUUUUUAACAAAGUAGCAAGAGCGUACUUCUGGUGCAGGUGCGAAGAGGACGACGAAUCAACAUCUACGCGAAGAAGUAGCAGGCGAACAGGAAGAAGAAGAAGCAGUCUAAGCUAGACGUGUAGGAGGAGACCCAAAAAGAGGGGGACAACAACAACAGCAAGAAGAAGAAGAAGAGGAGGCAGAACAAGAAGAAGAAGAAGGAGACAAGAUGAUACCCACAAGCGUGACAAAUUCGCCGCCCGUCUCCGCUGGCCUCGCCCAGAACGGAGCCGCUGUUGUAGGCGGCAACAAUGGGGCAGGCGGAGCAGCAGCAACUGCUGCUGGGGCAGCAACAACAGCAACAGCAGCAGCAGCUGCGGCACAGCAGAACAUGUACAGCUCCAUUGUGCUGGGCCUGGCCUCUCUCAUCCUGGAGGGCAGGCCCAUAGCAGACGACGAGUAUCAACUCCAGCAACAACAGCAGCAGCAACAGCAACUGAUGGUGGGCAGUGGACGCCUCUCGCCACGCCCAUCGACCUCACGGGCAGCCAUCAACAUUACAACGAAUCCUUAUGCCUUGACAAGCGGCACGCCACGCACGCCUUUUGGCCCAGGACACGGCUCAAGUGGCAGCCACAACAGCAACAGCCACAGCAGCAGCAACAGCAGUCAGGCGACACAUCAACGCUGGACACAGAAGCUUUGCCAGCUGCGUCAGCUGUCGCCGGCGGCGCAGAGCAUGAGCGUGGAACCCGAGUUGGUGGCGUUGGCCAUCAACGAGCUGAAUGCGGAGCGUGGCGACUUUGAGAUUGUGCGACGCGUCAUGUUGAAUCGGGCAGGUCUAGGAGGAGGUCUUGGAGGUGGUCUAGGAGGCGCAGCAGGUCUUGGAGGAGGAGCACCAUCAUCUCUAGGCGGCGGUGGAUCUGGCGGAGCUGUGCCAGCUGCACUUGGCACUGCCACGAAUAGUUCCAGUGCGGCCAGCUCGCCGGGAUCCGCCUCCGACAACAUUCUCCACUCGCUGCAAUCCUUGGCAACGACCUGUUUGCGUGGCGGACCCGUUGUGCCCGCCGAGACGCGUCCGUUGAGCCUGGCCCUGGCCUCCACAUCGAGUGCAGCCAGUUUGCUGGACUACAAUUGCAGUCGCAGUGGCUUAGGAGGCGGAGGAGGAGUUGCUAUACCUGCAACUGGUUUGGGAGUUGGACAUGGUUUGGGAGCAUCUACAACUGCAACAGCAACAUCAACAUCAACAACUGCCACUGCCAGCAGCGACGCAGCUGGAAGCAGCUGCGCAGCGAGGCCCAAGCAUGGGCCACAUUGUGAUCAGUUCCUCAGGAAGAUGGGGCUCGCCAAGGGCGAUGCUCCCGAUGCCGAGGAGCAUUUCUGUGAUAUGUCUUACGUAAAUAUAACCUGUUCCCGUUGGCGAGCGCAUUGCCUGAAGAUGGAGGCGAUUCUGGCGCGUCGGGAGCCCGUUUGCAUCGAGGUUUAUCUGGGUCCCGCUGGCCACAAGAUACUGCUCGAACAGUGGAUCAUCAGUGGCAAGGAGAAAGUGCCACCGCCGACGAUGACGCUGCCAUCGCUGUGCAGCGCCAUCCGCAGUCAGCUGUACUUCUCGCAGAUUGUGGCCUGGUGUGAUCUGCUGCGCAAGUGUGAUCCUUCUGUUUACGACAGCGGUCGCGUGAUCUUUGCCAGCUCGAGUGCGAACAACGCCGGCGAUCUGGCGACGACAACGACGACGUCAACGCUGCUCGGAGGAGGAGGAGGUGGAGGCGGCGGAGUCAUGCGACGACCGCGUCUCAACAUCUUCUACAGGAUACGAGCGCAUGAUGCGAAUGCCACAAACGGGCAGAACGAUGGCGGCUUCAGUGCCAAGGCGACGGUGCACAACUUUCCGCAUGUGAACAUUGCCGAGAACUUUAGCGUGGCGGUGUGUGUGAAGAGUUUGCCACGCUUCAACGGCGGUCUGCCACAUGUGGCAACACCAACACCGCCGCCGCCGCAGCAGUCGGUGGCAACAAGUCGAGCAAAGCCAGAGGCGAGCACACCGACAGGAGGCGGGGGAAUGUGUGCGGCAACGCCAACGGGAUUGGGGGCACGUAUUGCCAACAGCAAUGCGGCCGCAAGCAGCUGUGAUAAGUAUGCAACAAGCACGAAGCAAAGGCAGCAACAACAGCAACAGCAAUCGAAACACUUGCAACGGCAACGCGAGCAAGCUGAGUUGUUGGAGCUGCAGCUGGACUUGGAUCUGGAUGCGGAUGCGGCAGCUGGAGCGGAUGAGCUGGACGGACAUCGUGAGCGACAGCUGCAAAAGUAUCGCAAGCGGAUGCAGCGACGCGACAAGAAACGCGAACGCAAACCCUCCGAGCAGCAAGUGGAGGCCAUGGACGAGGGCAGCAGCAGCGAGGUGGCCAUGGUCAUGACUCUGACAGCGGCGACGCCGCGUCGCCAAGGCAUCGCCAUGAUCUCGACGGGCACACAAACGUCGCUGAGCAGUUGCCAGCAAUGUGGCAGCGAGAAGACGCUGCUCUGCCUCAACUGCAAUUGCAAUGGACAGCAUCAUGGAGAGGGCGACAAAGAUGAUGACGACGACGAUACGAGCGCCUCGGAAAUGGAUGACAUGUCCAGCUGCAGCCUGAGCAGCUCUGAUCUCAUUGUGGGCACGCCGCGCAACAAGGCCGAGCUGCUGUUGCAAGCCAUUCAGCGCACGCCAAAGAAUCGCAAACCCACCGCGCCCAAAGAUCUCAAAGCUGGACGAGAGUUGAAGCAGCCAUUGCCGUCCUCCAAUUCAGUUCAGCAGCAACAACAACAGCAGCAACAGCAGCAGCAGCAGAACAACAAUCAGCACAAGCCAUCGACGGCGCCGUCGAGUGGUUGUCAGGUGUGCAAGCGACAGAAGACGCAGCACAACUUCAGCAACGGACAGCAGCAGAGUGCCAGGGAGAGCAAUGGACAUGCAAGUGAUAGCAACAGCAUGGAACAGGAGCAGCAACAGCAGCAGUCUUCUUCGACCAAGCUGACGCCCAAUUUGGAACGCUGUUCGUUGAAUGCACCGCAGGAACGUUGCAAAACACCGCCAGAGCUGUCAGUGAAUGGAAGCGGAGGAAGCGCCACAACUGCUGCUCUGGAGGAACGCCUCGUGGUGCAGUUCAAGACACCCAUCAGUCAUGUGCCGCUCAAGCAGCAAGAGUUCCUGACGGCGCCACUCACAGUGCAGCCGCCCAAGCUGCCGAAUCAGUUGCGAUUGAACUGCAGCGGAGCAACGUUGCUGGACAGGGAGACGCCACCGCCAAUGUUGUCGCCACAGCUGCGCAAAGCGUUGCCCAAAGUCAAUCUGACGACGAUCUUUUGUGGCAGCGGCAGCAGCAGCUCGGCUCCAAUUGCCAUUGACAACAGUCUCGCCUUUUGCUUUGAGCCUUCAACACUCAGUCAAGCGCACUCGCAAUCGCUGCUGACGCCUCCCGAGGCAGGGAAUUUGCCCGUGCAAAAAUCCUACUCUGCACCCACGUUGCCCAACGCUUUGGCGGUGUCGCCUCGCUUCGCUAAGCAGGCGGCGUUCUACAAGCGACGAUCGCGACAUCUCAGCGAUCGCAGUGAUCGCAGUUCGCUCGGUUCCGAUGAGCAGCUGUCCGAUGAGGAUCUCGAGUCGGGAAUGUGCAGUCCGGCGGGCUCGCCGCUCAAGUCGCGUGCUCGCCUCGCUUCACAGUUCACGGGGCGACCUUUGCUUGGGAAUCUGGAGGAAUCGUUGCUCCAGAAGCGUCUGCUACCGAAGAUCGAAGUCGCUGGCUUUCGUCUGCAGCUGGGCGCCUCGGGUGGCUUUUGUCCCACACAGCUGACCAUUCCGGCCUCGUCGUACUUCUACGAACUGCACGGCGAGACGCUUAGCACGCCUUACCUGUGCGAGAUUCGCUUGCCACGCAAGGGUUACUUUGUGCCCCGUUCGGGGACUGUGCAGGCAACGCUGUUGAAUCCCAUGGGCACCGUGGUGCGCAUGUUUGUCAUUCCCUACGACAUGCACGAUAUGCCACCUCUGCAUCGCACCUUCAUUCGCCAGCGCAUUCUUGCCGAGGAGCUGCUCCCCGACAUCGAUGCUUGCACCGCAGCCGCUUCGCUUAAUCCGUUGCCGCAACGGACGAGGAAGGAACGGGAGCGAGAGCCAGGAAGUCCAACGGCAGCGACGAGCACCACCGGCAAGCUGGGACACUUUAUCAGCGCCGAGCAGAUGAAGCGAUUGCGCUACUCCAUCCACCUGAGAUUCCAGACAUCUCGCUCGGGUCGUUUGUCGCUGCACACAGACAUUCGUCUGCUGAUCUCAAGGCGCACAGACUGCGACACAGCAGCGGCGCAUGCCAAAGGAUUGCUGGAGGCACCUAACGAGCUGGUGACUGACACACUGAUGCCCACUGAGCCGCGUUACAGUGCGAGGCAGGAGAGUCCCGGCAAGAUUUAGUAGUUGCUGCAGGCACUGGCGUGUGUUGGCUGUGGAAGUGGCAGAAAGGAAGCAGACGAAGCAAGUGAUGCAAGUGGCGAAAGAGAAGAAGAAGGCGAUGAAGAAGUGAAGGAAGCUGAUGGAGGAGAAGAAAGUGGAGGUGGCAGCUUUGUGCGUGGCCUGUGGAAGCAGCUGCAGGCGCGUUGGCAACUCUGGCAGCAAUAUCCCAAAUAUCAAUUGUAGAGCAAAGAUUCACACUUCUGGACAGCGGGAAAUGAGACAAUUUCCCCACAACAUAAACACACCUACACACAAUAGAAGAACAACACCUACUGCAUUGUUAGUCAGAGUCUCCUGCUCUUUUGUUUUUAAGUCACCAACAAAUUUAGUUUGAAUUGAAAUUGUGAGAGAAGAUUACGAAGUCGCAAGUGCAAGUCGAUAUACACAUAAGAAUAUACAACACACACACACACACACACACAUCUAUAUCUAUACACGUAUAGAUAACUCUGUGGUUAAUAUGCCUCUCUGAUCUAUCAUUUAUAUAUAGUAUAUAAAGGGGGCCACAUCUAACAAACAAAACAAAACAAAAAACAUAAAAAAGAGAAAAUAAGAAAGAAAUAUCUCAAUUUACACUUUACACUGAAUCCUUUAGCAAUACUAAGAAUUAGUUACAACAAA